AAAAGGGAAUCCGAAAUGGCGAGUCGGUUACUGCUCAAAACUCUGAAACGACAUCGUAUUAGCUCCACCUCUCUUCUCCUCUCCAAAUCCUCGGCGUCUAGAUCCGCAAGUACUUUGGUCUUAGCCGAGCAUGAAGGCGGCUCGAUCAAGGCUCAGUCAUUGAGCGCGGUGGUGGCCGCCAGCUCCAUUGGUGACAACAAUUCCGUUUCCAUGCUGUUGGCUGGCUCCGGUUCUUCCCUUCUAAAGGCCGCCGAGAGUGCCGCCACGUGUCACCCUUCUCUUUCUCAGGUUCUUGUAGCUGAUUCUGAUAAAUUUGAACAUCCUUUGGCUGAGCCAUGGUCUAAGUUAGUCCAACUGGUUCAGCAGCAAGGAGGCUAUUCUCAUGUCAUUGCUACUUCAGGUUCAUUCGGGAAGAACAUAUUGCCUCGUGCCGCUGCCCUUUUGGAUGUUUCUCCAGUUACUGAUGUUGUUGAAAUUAUUGGAUCCCAUCAAUUUGUCAGGCCAAUUUUUGCUGGAAAUGCCCUUUGUACAGUUCGAUAUACUGGUUCCAGCCCAUGUAUGUUGACAAUUAGAUCCACCUCUUUUCCAGUGCCUCCAAUCUCGGGUGAUUUAAAAUCUGAUAGGGCUCCUAUUUCUCAGGUUGAUCUCUCAACCUUAGAUGAAGAUUCUAUCGGUAAAUCUAGAUACAUAAAGCUAUUAUCUGAGGAUACAGAGCGCCCUGAUUUGGGAAGUGCACGUAUUGUGGUUACUGGGGGCCGAGCUUUAAAAAGUGCUGAGAACUUCAAACUGAUAGAGAAGCUAGCAGAGAAACUUGGUGCAGCUGUUGGUGCUACCCGUGCUGCUGUUGAUGCUGGAUUUGUUCCCAAUGAACUACAGGUUGGUCAAACCGGAAAAAUUGUGGCCCCAGAACUAUACUUGGCAUUUGGGGUUUCAGGAGCGAUUCAACACUUAGCAGGCAUGAAAGAUUCCAAGGUUAUUGUUGCCGUUAACAAAGAUGCAGAUGCACCCAUUUUCCAGGUAGCUGAUUAUGGACUUGUGGGCGAUCUUUUCGAAGUGAUCCCGGACUUGUUAGAGAAGCUUCCUGAGAAAAAGUAGGCCUGUAUACUUCAAGUCUCCUCAUAGUCCUAAACAUUGUUGAAUGCUUGUUUGCAUGAAAAAUUUCAAAUUGAUUAGAAAUAAAAAUAAUGAUAUGAAAAUUCACUUCGAAUAAACAGCCCUUUUUACCCUCAA